AUGAAGAAGUAUAGAUACAGACAGAGCAACUCAGAUCACACACUGUUCAUCAAGAAAAGAGUAGGCAAGAUCACGUGUCUGAUUAUUUAUGUGGAUGACAUGAUUAUCACCGGAGAUGAUACUGAAGAGAUGAGCGAGCUCAGAAAAAACCUGUUUAAUGUGUUUGAGAUGAAGGAUCUAGGACAACUAAAAUACUUCUUGGGUAUAGAAGUGUUGAGAUCAAAGAAAGGGAUAUUCAUCAAUCAGAGGAAGUACAUACUCGACCUCUUGGCUGAAGUAGGUAUGCUUGACUGCAAACCUGCAGAUACUCCGAUGGUUCAGAAUCACGGGCUACAAAUGACGAAAGAAGCGAAGCCUGCCGACAGGGGGAGCUAUCAAAGGUUAGUCGGGAAGUUGAUUUACUUAUCUCACACUAGACCAGAUAUUGCAUACGCAGUAGGAGUAGUAAGCCAGUUCAUGCAUGCACCUCAAGAAGAGCAUUGGGAGACAACUAUAAGGAUUGUUCGAUACUUAAAGGGAACAGUUGAUCAUGGGCUUCUGUUCGAGAAACAUGGACACUUGGAGAUAAGCGGUUUUACUGAUGCAGAUUGGGCUGGAAAUCCAAAUGAUAGGAGAUCAACCGCGGGGGUACUUUACCUUCGUCGGAGGGAAUCUUGUGACAUAGAGAAGCAAGAAGCAGAAGGUGGUAGCACUGUCUAG